UUAUCUGACAAUCCAAUUCCAACAUAACAAUUUUUUUUGAGGUUGUCACGCUUCGUUGGUUUCUUGUUCAUUUCUCUCUCAAUAUCGUAUUUGCCCUUCCGCUUCGAUUUGGUGCAACAGCGAUUCAAUUCCCAAUUUGCUUCAACUCAAUCAAGCUUUGCAGCUUCACCUUUCCAAUUUAAGUUUCGGAUUGCUCGAUUUAAGUUCAUGCAGUAUAGUUUGGUUGGUGAAUGGCAGCCUCGGAUGGUAGAGUUGCGUAUUCUUCACUUUCUAAGUUAGAAAAGGAGAACACCAACUUUGUCUACGAUGCUAUGAAUCACUAUGGUGAGUCUACAUGGUAUCAGCCAAAGUGUGACUCAUUAGGCUCAAAGUCCUCAAAGCAAGAGAUCUUGUAUCAUUUCCCUUCUGAGGAUGAUGAUUUGUUUGAUGGAGGUUAUGAAUCUGAUGAUGAUGCUCGUGGUAUAAUCCCCUCUAACAUGCCUCCAGAGGUGAACUUGAAGAAUGUGCUUUCUGGGAUCUUUGCUAUUCUGACUGGAAGAAACAAGGCUCCAAAGAUUACUGCAAACCAAGAGUUCCCAAUUUCAGAUGUGUCAUUUCUUGGCUCUGGAAAGAAUGGAGAUGUUUUCCUUGAUUCUUCGGUAUACACGCCGAGUGCACCGCCCCUUUUUCAGCCAAAUGGGACUGAUUAUAAUUCUUACAAGGAGGUCUUGGAAGCUGAACCCCCUGAGUGGCUCCCUGAUAGUUCUACUACUGUUUGUAUGCAGUGUACCUCUCCUUUUACUGCACUUACCCGUGGUAGACAUCAUUGCCGGUUUUGUGGAGGGAUUUUCUGUCGAACAUGUACAAAGGGCCGGUGUUUAUUGCCUGUUAGGUUCAGGGAAAGGAAUCCUCAGAGGGUUUGCGAUGCCUGCUAUGAUAGGCUUGAUCCUUUACAAGGUGUUCUAAUCAACACCAUGAGCAAUGCUGUGCAGGUUGCUAAGCAUGAUGUCAUGGAUUGGACUUGUGCUAGAGGGUGGCUUAAUCUUCCUAUUGGUUUAUCAAUGGAGCAUGAGAUAUAUAAAGCAUCUAAUACAUUGAGAAACUACUGUCAGGUGGCCAAAUCCAAUCCUGAGAAGUCCAUCCCUUUAGCUGUUCUUAAAAGUGCCAAAGGCCUAGCAAUUUUAACAGUUGCCAAAGCUGGUGCACUGGUCUCUUACAAACUGGGUACUGGUUUGGUUGUUGCUCGAAGAUCAGAUGGAUCAUGGUCUGCACCGUCAGCUCUAUUCUCCCUGGGUUUAGGAUGGGGUGCUCAGAUUGGUGGUGAACUUAUGGAUUUUAUAAUUGUUCUUCAUGAUAUGAAAGCUGUGAAGACGUUCUGCAGUCGCCUGCAUUUUUCUCUUGGUGCGGGUUGUAGUGCUGCAGCGGGGCCGGUUGGGAGAGUACUUGAGGCGGAUGUUCGUGCUGGUGACAGAGGGUCUGGCAUGUGUUAUACUUACAGUUGUAGUAAAGGUGCAUUUGUGGGAGUGUCAUUGGAAGGGAAUAUAGUUGCAACCAGGAUGGAUACCAAUUUGCGCUUUUAUGGUGAUCCUUAUCUCACCACACAUGACAUUCUACUGGGGAUGGUGGAUAGGCCAAAGGCUGCUCAACCAUUGUACACCAGUCUUCAAGACCUAUAUUCCAGUUUACGCUACUAGACUUGGUCCUUGGACACUAGUGUCAAAUACUGCAUCUGCAUGUUAUAUGUACAGUUCUAGCUCAUGCAUGGUGUUCUGAAGUGUGAUUUCCAUUGCCAUUUUAAAGGCCGCUCUACACUCUAUUUGGUUCUAGGGGAUGAGGGAUCUAUGCACAUAUGAUUCAGUUAUACGUUAUAUUUGUUACAAAUGAUGCAAAUGUCCAGUACACAAAGUUAUAAUGUGAAUAUGUUGUUAGACUUAAUUUGUACAUAAACAAUCCAUGGAA